AUGUGGAAUUGCGACUCGGAGUUCGUUGGAUCCGAGCUAUGCUGGCUCAUACUUGGACAAACAAUCAUCAUAGUCGCAAUCGAUUCCCCUUGCACUCCAGCAGCUAGUCGGGCUCGUGAAGCUCCCCUGCCGCCGCAUCAGCUGGAUAUACCAUUUGUGUACACCAGGCCACUCAUCAACGCCAAGUGGUCCGAUUUUGCCAUAGACUCGCUGGCAGAAGAAAUGGGCGAAGGUUGCGCAGGCAAGAUAUCUGUAGAUGAACAACAAGGUUUCCAACACAGCAGCGAAAAUGCUGCUGUCAUAAUUGCCGGGUGUUGA